CUCCCCCCAUGUGCCCCCUUAUGCAAUGUGCAAUUGCUGUGUGCCGGCAUGUGCAGCAGAUGCAUCAAAAUGCACUAGAUACAGCUGCAUUGCACAGUGUUAUUUUGUUCGGUGUCUUCAAAAAAUAUUUGUGCGUUUCAUUUAAUUGCACCAAUCGCAAGCUCUUGUGUGCAUUGGAACUUACGAAAGAUGUUUCAAUGUCAGGGAAACAGCUUCACUUUUCAAUUACUUAUAGCUGUGUGUAUGAUUUUUCAUUAACCUCAAAAACUUGAAGUGACAGAUCGCAAGAAUCAGAAGCGUACAAAGGUUUCGAGUUAAAUUUAUUCGUCUUGAACUGAUGGUGAUCGCCUUGCUUUUAUUAUAAUAUAAAAGUUGUAUAUUUCUAACGAAAGGAAGAGGAUGGCUUUGCGGGAACUUCAAAUGUAAAUGCUGUGUUAUUUGUGCAGUACUGCAAACGAUCGCCUGAGUAUUACAUUUGAUUGCAGCGUAUCGGAAUGUAAUGAAAAUGUAUUCAUAAGAAUACUGUGGUUACACAUCAAAACUACGUAUAAAUUGUGUUAUUGCAGAAUACAGACAUAAAAUAGUCAUGGAUAAUCAACACCUUAGUUAUGAGAGUAUUUCAGAUGUCGAUAUCAAAGAGGAACUUGUUGAAAGUGACGAUGAAAUGCCUUGGAAUAUUGAUACUGAAUGCAGUGUUGAAGAGUCUGCUAUCAAAAGGCAGAGGCUAAACAGUUCCAAUGAAGAAGAAGAAGAAGAAAGCUGUAUGGAUGAGGAAGAAUUGCAAUCACCUGAGACAAUAUUUGUGCAGAUGGGGUAUGAAACAGAAGAAAGCAAUUCAGAGGAAGAGAUGGACCCACUUGCACAAGAUGAUGAAAAUUUGAUUGGAGAUGUUGCUGAGGAAAAGCAAACCAAGAAAGAAAAUUCAUCUUAUGGGGGAUGUCAUGUUGAAGCAGAUGAAGUCAUCGCAAUGUACAUGUUGUGGCAAAUAUUCAAGAAAAGGCAAAAAAUUAAAAAAAGGGAAUGGGUUCAGCCAGCAAUGAGUGAAAGAUAUAAAUGUGGCAUAUUUCAUCUUCACUUUAAAGAUCUUGUUAACAACUCAGAAAAGUUUUUCAAUUACUUUCGAAUGAAUUUAACAACAUUCAAUGAACUCUAUGGGUUAUUAGAAGAAAGUCUGCGAUUCCAAAACACAAAUAUGCGAUGUGCCAUCUCUGCCAAAGAACGACUGGUUGUUACAUUAAGGUAUUUGGCGAGUGGAUGUAAACUGACAGAACUGCACAACUCAUUCAGAAUUGGAAUUUCAACGCUGAGAUCCAUAAUUAAGGACACAUGCAAGAAAAUAUGGAGCAUUCUCCAACCAACAGUGCUACCUGUUCCUACUGUAGAGAAAUGGAAAGAAAUUGCUGAGCUUUUCUGGAAGCGAGGCAACUUUCCAAACUGCAUUGGAGCUAUUGAUGGGAGGUGUUUCCGUACAGUGUCACCAAACUCUUGUACGUCACGUAGAAAGAAAACGUUAACCUCACUUGUCUUAUUAGCAGUGUGUGAUACCGAGUAUUGUUUCACUCUAGUUGAUAUAGGAAAGAAGAAUUCUGAUGUGUUUGAAGAGUCAAGUAUAUCAAAUCUAAUUUCUUCUAAUAGUUUGAAUUUGCCUCCUCCUUGCCCGUUACCCAACACUUCCUCUCCAAACCUCCCAUUUCUGAUGGUGGGGGAUGAGGCAUUCCCUUUGUCCAGAAAUGUCAUGCGUCCAUACGGAGGAAAGAACUUAAAGGGGGAAAAAAGUGUGUUCAAUUAUAGACUUACUAGGGCUCAACGUUUCAUAGAAUGCUCGUUUGGAAUUUUCAGCAAUAAGUGGCACAUUGUUCAGCGACCCUUCAAUGUUCAUGAAGACUUCGCUACAGAUAUUAUUAAAGCCUGUAUAAUACUACACAACUUUGUGAUAACAAGGGAUGGUUUUCUCUUUGAAGAUACAUUGACUCAGGUUGGCUUAAUUGAUUUUGUUGGCAAUGGCAACCAAAGGUCCAGAAAUGCUGCAAAAAUCAGGGAUCACUUGGCAAAAUAUUUUGUUGGAACUGGGUCAGUUCCUUGGCAAAUGUCAUGAAAAUUGAAGAAAAGAUGUUUUGUGUUUGUAAUAUUUUUAUAUUACAAUAUACAUAUGUUUGUUGUUGAUAUUAGUCAUGAUUUGUCAAUUUACAAAACAAGUGAAAAAUAAUUUUACACUUGUGAAACUUCUGUGGAGCAAUUUAGUUUAAUUUAUGUAUGAUACAUUGUUUAUCAGCAUAGAAGCGAGGUAAAAGCUCCACAAUAGCCAUAGUUAAGAACAUUUUCAUUGCUUUUGCAAAAUCUUGGGUCUCAAAACUAAAUUCUUUAAUUGAAAUUCAGUGGGUCAUUAGCCUACUUCUUUCUGAAUAGAUCCCUUUCCCUAAAUGAUCAAAAUUCAAUUUAUUCUGUUUUUUUAUUAAUUUAUUUCCAAACCUCGAUUUUCAUCUAGUAGUGACUACUUGAAAUAACACAUUCAAAUCAGAAUGGUCUCUUGAUAUUCUAUUUCCUGUGUUCAAUUGUAGACAAUGGCCCAACAGUUCAAAGAAUGCCCUUUUGGAAUUUUCAGCAAUAAAUAGCACAUUGUUCAGUGACCCUCCAAUGGCCAUGAAGAGUUUCCUACAGACAUAAUUAAUGCCUGUCAAAGUAAGCAAGCAAGCCUGUUAAUAAUUAAAGCCAGAAUGGUCACUGAUAUUCUAUUUCCUGAAUGUGAGACAUUUGAAACACGUUAUGUCAAAAAUAGUUCCAGUUCAUGUUAAAUUUUUGCAGCUCAUCACUUAAUGGCAAAGCGCCAUACUCCAAGAAGUUCGAUGUAAGACUGUCAUAUGUGAACAUUUGCCGGGCUUCCAAUUCUUAAAUUUUAAAGUGUUUUGUGGGACGUGGCCACUAUUGACAUCUUUGCCAUUUUAAUCCAUCAGAAAAUAACAGGCAUGCAUCCUCAUUAUGGGGAAAGAAAAGAUAUGUGAUGAAUUUAUAGAAAUCAGGAAUGUAUUAGUUAUAAGAAAUAAAUGAAAACUUUUGUAGUAAGAAAGUUUCUAAGAGUUUGUCAGUGUGUAUAUUACUGCGAAAUAAAUAAUUGUUUAUUUACAA